ACUAGGGCUCUUGGACCACGAGCAGACACGGAAAGAUCUACUCUUAUAUGGAUCAUAAUAGAGGGACCAGCCCCAAUGUCGAUGUCACAGAUCACCCCUACCCUCUUUCUGAGUGGAGCCGAUGCCCCCCUCAACCAGGCACUCGUGUCUCGCAAGGGCAUAACCCUCAUUGUCAACGCCACCCUCAACCACGCUUGCCCCAUCUACCCGGGCGUUGAAUGUGUUCGCGUUCCUGUCUCCGACCUACCCAGCGCCCGCCUGGUUGACCACUUCGACCGGGUGGCAGAGCGUAUCCACAGCAACCGCGCAGGGGGCACCCUCGUGCACUGCGCAGCGGGCAUGAGCCGCUCUCCUGCUCUGGUCAUGGCUUAUUUAAUGCGUUACAGGGGUACAACCCUCAGCCAGGCCCACUCCUGGGUUCAGAGGAGUAGGCCGUAUGUCAGGCUCAACGCAGGCUUUUGGGACCAGCUGUUGCAGUACGAGAGGAGGCUCUAUGGGAAAAACACAGUCAAAGUAGCACCUGCGAUGGAACCACAGUCUCCCCUGCCACCACGGGCGCCUUUGUCACGGCUGGCUGCUGUACCCAGGUCACCACUGUUGCCUAGGACACCACUGUUGCCCAGGACACCACUGUUGCCCAGGACACCACUUUUGCCACAGAGAACAAAAAAGGGAAUGAGACGCUCAAGGAUUUGACUGAAGAUGUUUACCACACCUGUAAUUCCAGUUUUUUUUUAAUCUAGGCUGAGUAUUUCAACAAUGCUCAGGUUUUGAUGGUAAUAUAAAAAUGUAUUGUCAAGGCUCCUGUAUAACCUAGGAGUAUUACCUGAGAGACAAUGUUUUAGCUUAUUGAAGUGUUAUGUGGUUCAAACACAUAAGCAAUAAGUAUGAGCUAGAUGUUUCAUUUGUUGUUUCAGUGCUCCAACUGCUUUAAUGUUAGAACACAUUAAUUGACCAAUGGACCACACAAAGUCGACAUAAGAAUUGAGUAGGUUUUUAUUCUUGGUGACAGUACGUUUAGCAGGCUGUAGGGGGCAAUAUGACCAAAAUGUGGAUGUUGUUUUGGUUACUGGAUUUAUGGAAAACAAAAACAGACUUUUGUGUCAAUAAAGUUAGGAAUUGAUGAAUGAACAAUAUCAACAAGUGAA